AUGGCCUCCUCAUCUUCCUCUUCUUCUUCUCCAACAGAAGAUCCAAAUAGCCCAUUUUUCUUGCAUCACAGUGACAAUGCAAACACUGUCAUUAUUUCACCACCUUUGACUGGCCCCAACUACAUUUCUUGGAGCAGAUCUUUUCUUCUUUCCAUUUCAAUCAAGAAUAAGUCAGGAUUCUUGGAUGGCACCAUCCUCACUCCUGACCUUGCAGAUCCUUCUUAUGUAUCUUGGCUACGAUGCAACAACAUCCUGCUUGCUUGGAUUUUAAAUUCAGUUUCCAAAGACAUAGCCUCUAAUGUGUUCUUCAUGACUUCAGCUAAACAGAUAUGGGAUAAACUCAUAGAGCGCUUUGCACAGCCUGAUGAAGCUAGGAUAUAUCACCUUCAACACAAACUCAGUGGCAUAGUUCAAGGGCAUCUUUCUGUAAGUGACUACUUCACCCAGCUUAAUGUCAUUUGGGAAGAACUACAUAGCUAUAGACCACUUCUUUGUUGCUCUUGUGGUUUAUGUACUUGUAAUACUUUAAGGAAUGUUGGUGAAGUUCAACAGAGGGACUAUGUUUUCAAAUUUUUAAUGGGUUUAAAUGACAGCUAUGAUUCUGUUAGAGGGCAAAUUAUCUUGUUGAGCCCCUUGCCUUCUCUAGAUAAGACCUUCUCACUCAUUGUACAAGAAGAGAGGCAAAGGCAAGCAAUAAACAAAGUUGUUCCUACCACAGAACCAUCUGCCUUGCUUGUUUAUCAAAAUUUCUCAAAGAAAAAGGAGAAAACAGAUUUGGUUUGUGGACAUUGUGGGAAGAUGGGACACACAAAGGAAAAAUGCUACAAACUGAUAGGGUUCCCACCCACUUUCAAAUUCACCAAAUCCAAGUUUGGAAAUGGUUUUGGAAAACCCGCUGCUCACUUUGCAAACCAGGUUGCUCUUGAUGGUUCCACUAUGGAUCAAACUGUUGUUGCAAGCGAUGCAUCUCCUGCACCAAGUACCUCUCAGUUAAGCCUCUCUCAAGCACAAGCACAACACCUCGUGGCUCUUGUCAAUGCCCAAUUCCCUCAGCUGACCUCAGGACACAAUAAACCUCUCAUGCCACCACCUGUGCAUCCCUCACCAAUUAUUUCAGAACCUGCCCCUUCAACAACAUCUCACUCCAAUCUAGCAGGUAAUCAUCAUUGUUUUUCCAGUCCUAGCAUCUCUCAUAACCCCUCUCUUUUCAAUGUCACAAGUCAUGAUGAAUUCACUGCUCUUUCACAAGAUCAGCAUGAUACAUUUCAUCACGCACCAUGGAUCAUGGACACAGGAGCCACUGAUCACAUUGUGUGCUCCACCUCAUUUUUUACUAAUUCUUCAUGCUGCAUUCAAGCUUUUGUACAACUUCCAAAUGGUACAAAAGCUCAAGUCACACACAUAGGCAUUGUUAAACUCUCAGACUCUCUUCUUCUCAUUGAUGUCCUAUGUGUUCCCCCAUUUGCUUUCAAUCUCAUCUCAAUCAGUAAACUUACUCAAAGGCCAGACACUUGUCUGUUUUUCUUAAACAAUCUUUGUUUCAUUUAG